CGGCAGCGAUGGAGUUCUCCAGCAGCAUGUUGGACCUGGGCUCCCCGGUCAGCGCCGGCCCGCUGCAGGUGGUCCAGCUGGCCGAGGACCUGAAGCUGGCUCUGGAGCUCCGGCCCGACCGGGACGACCGGGAGACCCUCCGGGCCCAGCUGCCCACCGAGACCGCUCAGGUUCUGAUGGACUGGCUGCAGAGCGGAGCGGUGAACCUUUGUUCUCCGGCCAACAAUGAAACGUACCAGGAACGUCUGCUUCGUCUAGAAGGAGACAAGGAGUCGCUGGUGCUGCAGGUGAGCGUUCUGACCGACCAGGUGGAGGCUCAGGGAGAGAAGAUCAGAGAUUUGGAAAGUUCUCUGGAGGAGCAUCGACAGAAGCUGGCCUCCACCGAGGAGAUGCUGCAGCAGGAGCUGAUGAGCAGAACUUCCCUGGAGACCCAGAAGCUGGACCUGAUGGACGAGGUGUCCUACCUCAAACUGAAGCUGGUCAGCAUGGAGGAGAAGCAGCCGGACGCUCAGCAGCAGCAGGACGCCGCCGCCGCCGCCGCCGCCGCCGACACCAAGCAGAACAAAGCCGAGUGUGUGGUAAACCUCAUCAGUGAGCUCCAGGAGCAGAUGUGCAGGUUUCAGGAGGAGAUCAGCACUCGCAUCCAGGAGAAACGGGCCCUGGAGGAGAAGGAGGCCCAGCAGGCGGAGCCCCGAGCCCAGGGCCGAGGCCCUCGGGUCGGGUUGGCCGGCUCCGAGCUGAGCCCGUCCGGUUCUGACGCCCAGAACCGCAGCGGAGGAAAGACCGUUCACGAUUUGCUUCAGGAAGUAAAGCAGCUGAAGAGCAAAGUGGACGAACUGGAAGGAGAGAAAAGCCAAUACGAGAGGAAGCUCCGAGCCACCAAGGCUGAAAUCUCGGAGCUGCAGCAGCUUCUGGCCUCCAAAGACGCAGAGAUCGAGUGUCUGCAAACGCAGCUGUUGGCCAGAGGGGGCAACAGCGCCAACGACAGCGCAGAGCGAGAGGAGGUGUACAUCAAGCAGCUCAUUAACAAAUAUCAGGAAUACCAGCGACUGAAGGUGGGGAUGGAAACGCUGCUGGCCUCCAACGACGAAAAGGACCGGCGUAUCGAGGAGCUGACCAUCCUACUGGGUCAGUACAGGAAGAUGAGGGAGGUCAUGGCGCUGACUCAGGGGAGCAGCGAAGAAGAGCUGAGCAGCUUGAAGCUCAGAGCGAUAACUCACAAGGCACAUUCAGACAUCCUCAGAUCAGAGAUGUCGUCGAGAGGAUCUUCUCCACUGAUGCUCUCCUCGUCUCCGUAUCAGAGAGACCUGGACUCAAGCUUCCAGAACUCUAUGGACACUUCGCUGGUGUCUGCCGGCGACACCAGUUUCUUUAACGGAUCCUGGCACCAGCGCCGGCUGAUGUCCAGCAGCCUGGAGGAGCUGCAGAGUGGAUCCCUGCAAAAGGCUGUAGAGUUCCAGCCAGUUGAAACUGAAUCACACGUAGUUACCGAGAGUCCCCACAUGGAGCUGAGCAAGUACCAGACUCUGCCCAUGAAGCUGAGCAAAAAGAGCGAUCUGAGGGCAGAGCUCAACGGAGACGGAGAGUAUUUAUCCCCCGUCCAGCUCUCUCCGGUCCGAAGCCAUCUUCCCUGCCGGGCUUCAGUUCGCUGCAGGAGUGCCAGCGCUCCGGCUUUAGGUAUCUGAUCCGGUUCUUGUGUUUUGUGACCUGCAGGACGCUCAGACAAGCUGGAGGAGUCGGUCCUGUCGGAUCAGUCGCCGGUAUCCUCCGGAGUCGACUCUGGACAGCAGAGUCCGGUUUCACCCGAGAACAGGAAGACCCACAGAGGCAUCAGGAAGCUCUGGGGGAAGAUCCGUCGCAGCCAGUCGGGAAGUCCGGUCCAGGUUCACGACGCAGACAUGGGGGAGUUCAAAAGAGGAGGCUUCAGAGCCACCGCUGGACCCCGACUGGCCCGAUCGGGGAAAACACGAGAUCUGAAGAUGCCGUUCUCCAAGUGGAGCACCGAGCAGGUCUGCGAUUGGCUCGAGGACAUCGGACUGGGUCAGUACGGGAUUCUGGGUCGACACUGGAUCAGCAGCGGGCAGACGCUGCUGUCAGCGACACCUCAAGACCUGGAGAAGCUGGAAUUGAUGAUUACUGAAGCGCUGAGCGAAAACCUCCCCUCUGUCUUCUCUCCAUCCCAGAACGACCUGCUGUUCCUCAAAGUUACGAGCCAGCUGCACCACCUCAGCAUCAAAUGCGCCAUCCACGUCCUGCACGUCAACAAGUUCAACCCCAACUGCCUGAAACGAAGACCCGGCAACGAGAACCAGUUCACGCCCAACGAGGUGGUCCAGUGGUCCAAUCACAGAGUCAUGGAGUGGCUGAGGUCUGUGGAUCUGGCCGAAUACGCGCCGAACCUGAGAGGCAGCGGCGUCCACGGAGGCCUGAUCAUGCUGGAGCCUCGGUUCAGCUCGGACACGCUGGCCAUGCUGCUGAACAUCUCGCCUCAGAAGACGCUGCUGAGGCGACACCUCAACACCAACUUCAGCAACCUGGUGGGCGCUCAGGCCCAGCAGGAGAAGAGGGAGUACAUGGAGGCGGCGGGAUACGCCCCGCUCAGCAUCACCGCCAAAGUCAAGCCCAAGAAGCUGGGUUUCUCCAACCUGGCCCACCUGAGGAGGCGUCGUCCGGACGAAUCCACCGAUUACGUUUGUCCCAUCGAGUCGUCCUCGUCGCCUCCGUCGGGUCAGUCGGCGGCGAACGGCGUGCAGAUGCGUCCGUACGCCGGCUUCAGGGGCCUGAGCCCGAUUCUGGACCGAGAACCCGACCGCUCCAGGGACCAGAUGGCGACCGCAGAGGGAACCGUUCUGCAGAUAGAAGCUCUGUCAGAAAGCAUCAACAACCUCACAUACCUGCUCGGCCACGACGAGCUGAGGAUGGAGAUGAGACGAUCUCAGACGGCGUUCGUUUGAAGGACGACGACUCGCUAAUGCUGUCGAUCGACCAGAGAACUGCAGGACCCGGUUAACACCUGGAGCCUCGGCUAACACCUG